CACGCUCUGUUCUCUCUCUCUCUCUCUCUCUCUCUCCCUGAGCCUCUCAUCCACGAGUCUCUGAACUCCGCGAGCAAAGAUGCUCUCCAUAUCCACGAUUGCCAACGCCACGAGGUUCGUGAACUCGCUGAGCUCUUACCCCCCGUCUCCUUGUACUCGUCCUUGCUCUUCAAUGUCUCGCCAGACAAUCUCUCUCCUCGCCUUCUCAACCGUAACCCAACCCACCAGAAACUUCCAGGUCAAAAUGUCAUCCGAUUCGCUCCCUCCACCCGAAAACCGCAUCGUUGUGGGAUGUGGAACGGUUUCGGUGGAUUACUUGGCGGCAGUGGCUGCGUAUCCUAAGCCCGACGAUAAGAUCAGAACCACAAGCUUGAAGGUUCAAGGGGGUGGAAAUGCCGGGAAUGCAUUAACCUGUGUAGCUCGUUUGGGCUUGAAACCGAGGUUAAUUUCAAAGGUUGCAGAUGACACUCAAGGCAGGGGUAUAUUGGGCGAGCUAGAAGCUGAUGGUGUGGAUACUUCUCCUUUCGCGGUUAGCUGAGGGGGAAAUUCACCAUUUUCCUAUAUCAUUGUUGACAACCAAAUGAAAACUCGUACUUGUAUCCACACCCCAGGAUAUCCUCCAAUGAUACCAGAUGACCUUUCCCAAGCAAGUUUAUUGUUUGCAUUAGAUGGUGCAAGCAUUGUCUAUUUUGAUGGAAGAGUGCAUGAAACUGCUUCAAUUGUUGCACAAGAGGCAGUUCGCCAGAGGAUACCUAUUUUAAUUGAUGCAGAAAGGGUAAGAGAAGGGUUGGAUGAUCUCCUGAAAUUAGCUGAUUAUGCCAUAUGCUCAGCAAAAUUUCCACAGGCAUGGACAGAGGCACCAUCUGUUCCAAGUGCUCUUGUUUCCAUUCUAUUGAGAUUGCCAAAUAUCAAAUUUGUGAUUGUGACCUUGGGUGAAGAUGGAUGCAUAAUGCUUGAGAGAAGUGUUGAUGAGGGUCCCGAGACAGAAGAAAUUAGUGUAGACAUCUUAUUAGAAUCAUUAAAGCAGCAAAAGGACAAAACCACAGCUAUCCCAACAUGCAUAUCAACGUCAGUGACAAGAUUGAGAGCGAAUGGGAUAGGUACAGUAUGUGGGAGGUUAUUUCUGGGAACGGCUGAGAAGAUUCCGCCAUCAGAACUUAUAGAUACAACUGGUGCUGGGGAUGCAUUUAUUGGAGCCGUUGUUUAUGCCUUAUGCGCCAACAUGCCGCCGGAAACAAUGUUGCCAUUUGCAUCUCGGGUGGCAGCAGCAAACUGUAGAGCUUUGGGAGCUCGAACUGGUCUUCCACACCGCUCGGAUCCACGCCUGGCAUCUUUCUUACAUCAGAGUUCCCAAGUGGUGGUCACAUCUUGAGCAAAGUGAUGGGAUUCAGCAUGCAAGAUGGGAUUCUCCAUCCCAGUUGUUAAGCUUGAUCUACACAUGAAUUAUGCCAUGGUCCCUUGUAAAGAAAGGAUAAUAUAUAAAUAAGUGGCGAUGUGCGAGUUUAAAUUCGACAACAGCAUAUGUGGUUGCAUCAUGUAACUGUGUAUCUGUACGCGUGGAUUGAUCCACAGUUGUUUAUUCA